AUGGACCUGAUGAUGAUGAUGAUGAUGGUGGUGGUGGUUCUGGUCUGUGCAGAGACUGAGAAGGUGACGGAGGUCAGAGGAGAGCUGGGAACAGAUGUGACUUUAAACUGCAGCAUCAGGGAUGGAAACGUCUUCUGGUCCAUGAUGAUCCACAGUCAGCUGAAAGUACAGAUUGGACGGACUUAUUCUUUUCUUCCUGAGUACAACGCUCCUGAAUAUGAAACCAAAUAUUUAAUCCAGGAAAACAGACUCAUGAUUAAAAACAUGACAGCAGAGGACUGCAGGCUUUACUUCUGUGGGAGGAAGAAAAGUGGGAACAUGGUCUCUGUGGACGCUUUCCGUCUCAUCUCAGAUGUUCCCGUGACUCCGACCACGACUCCGCUGGUGACUCUGACCACACAUUCAAACCAUCACAACACCACACACUGGCUGACAGACUCUGCUGUGCUGAUGAGCUCGUUCGCUCUGAACGGCGUCCUGGUUUUACUCAUUGGUGUGAUUUGUGUGUGUUGGAGGAUGAAAAGCUCCAGAUGCAGGAAGAAAAAUCCUCCAGAUUUCAGCCUUGAGAACCCAGAGAUGCUGGAGACUCCACAGUAUGAGGAGAUCCAGCUACCCCCACCUCGAUCAGAGUGUAUUUAUUACAAAGCCCAGCAUCCUUUGCCUCGGUGCUGACAGACACACCUGGACAGGUGGACGUACCUGAAGAAUGUGGAUGUUCUGGAGAGAAGACGGCUUCAUGAAGGAUUCCUGCUCCACCAUCUGUCAGAGGAUUUAUACCUUAGUUUGUGGUGGGGACGCAUGAAAGUCGGAAAAUCCAGAAACGAGAUGAGCUUUUAAUAAAAUGUAUUUAAUAUUUACUUUUCUGUCUCAUGAGCCUGGAUGGACUAUAAAAUGUGAAUAUUUAAACUUCUAGCAAAACCUGGUGUGAGACCAGGUUGAAAGGAUUAAAGGAGACUCAGGUUUGUGAGGAACUGUGAGCUGGUUUUAUUGUAGUAGAAAGUUAAAAAGUGUUUGUUUUUUACUUGAAUUACUUGUAGUUUUUGUGUCGGUGUUUCCAACACAUCAACUGUUACUGU